UUAAAAGCUAGCGAGUGUCGUACAUUGGGAGAAAAGGGUAGCUCGAGAUACCAAUCAGCAAUUCCGAGACAGGAAUGGCGAACAAGAACUUUCGUGGCAGAGGUGGGCCAUACUUGCUACGAAACUUGGCACCAGGUGAAGGCACCAAAAAUAGCGGCUGGAACAAAGAAACCCAGCAUGUCUUGGUCGAGGCUUGGUGUGGCCUUUGGUCUGCUUUUUUCGUGGCUCACUGCGGUAGUCUUCGCUGUUCAUGAAAGUAGGCCGCACGUACAUGGGGAGGACGAUAGAAAGAAUGAAUAUGAGACGCUCUACGAUACAGAGACCACGAAUAGGCAAUUGCAGGUACAGGCGGGAAAUCGCGGAUUCGGCUUGCAAUUUGACGGAAAGGGAAGAUUUGAGUUGGACAACUUCCCACCGCGGCUUUUGAAUGAGUUUAGCGCGCUCAUUCGGCUGCGCUACUCGCCUUCGUGGCUCGCACCUGCGAGUGAGGUUUCGAGUGCUGGGGUCUCGUCUGGGAGUAGAAGUAGCAUCUCUGCUGCUUUUGGCGGGAACGAGCUGAUAGUGGAUACAAGCAAAACGCUGACAUCGCCGCGAGUACGUGAGCAAGUUCUGCUCGCGAAAGGCGGCGUUUUUCAGUUUGUCCUCCGCAAGGAUGAAACGCGAACAGACCUGGCAUAUCCGGUCCUGAAGCUCAACUGGGACCCGGCACAGCGUCAGUGGGAAGGUGAAUUCGAAUCACGGCAAUGCGUCCUCACCGCAUUCCAGUAUCACGACUUUUUUUUCAGUUUUUCGGAGCGCGAAAUCG